AUGGCGGAAAAAGACGUCAUAUUUGGGGUCUUACUGGUAAAUUUCCAUCACUCUAGGGGACCCGAAAUCGAGUAUUCGCACGGUUUACCGAGCAAUGUGGAACCCUCAAAAGUUUGGCCUUAUUUGCCCUUCCAGGCUUUGCCAGACGGAUCGCACUCUUUUGAAGAGACUUUUACAUACUUUACGCUGGUGUACAACGACACCAAGAACAUGGGUCCGCCAGCAGAGGGCGGGGCGGCAAUUCCCUCGAACGAGGCUGACGAUUACACUACACUGUUUGCCAUCUCUUGCUCGCGGCAGAUAAGAUCCGAGCAGUUAUUGGAAAAGGCCGAUGAUGUAACGCGCUCGACGGUUCAAAAGGCCAUUGUCGUUGUGGCCAGAAGACCAAUUUUCGGCCAGAUCAAGGACAAGCUGAGCAUUAUCACCAACGCUUUUUUCCUCCAGCUCGAUUUUUCCAAUAAGGCUAUCAUUGACACGCUCUACGAGAAUUUAGCCGCCAUUUACAGGCCUUCGAGUGUCAAUGACGAAGCGCACAUGUACGUUGGACUAUGCCUUCGUCGCGUAAUGCACGAUUUCGGCAAAGAUGCCCUUGUAAUACUAAAAGCGAUUUUGCUCGAGCGCAAAAUUUUAUUCUACGGCAGCGAUGUUGAAGCUCUUUGCAACGUUCAGUUCGGUUUCAUUAGUCUCAUUCCAAACUUAAUUUCAAAUCUUCAAGAUUGCGGAUCUCCGGUGCUCCAUAGUUACUUUGAAAACUUGACGGUCGCAGAUUCGUUUAAAUCAAGUGAUCGCCAGUCAGUUCUCAAAUUUCUAGGGUUUCCACUACAAGUUUUUGGAGAGGGCGGGCUUUUUUCACCUUAUAGUCCACUCCAGCAACUUGACGAUCUAUCAUCUCCACUGACAAAAUACUUCGUUGCGGGCACCUCAAAUUCCUUAUUAAUAGAACAGAAGGAACAACUAUGUGAUAUUCUAGUUAAUGUCAACUCCCACUCUAUUGAAACAGUGACAACAGAUAAAUCUUUACAAAACGCAUUGCAAUUGACGUCCAACGACAAAAGGUGGAUAGAAUCUAUUGUUUCCAUUGUAACAGAUACUUGGAAUGAAAAUGAUUAUGCGACGCCUAAGAAUCUGCAAUUCGAGGGUAGCGAGGAUUUUUUAAGAUGGCAAUUCGAGGACUAUCUAACAGGACUAGUAUCCUGCGAGAAACUGGACUCAUUUUUGAUAAAUAACCGAGAUAACGAAAUGGCUAUGAAAUCUGUUCCCGAGGAGAUAGAAAUUGAAAGUGUUGUUGACUGUUACGGCGUAAAUUGGGUAGAGCAAUGGCGAAGAACUCACAAUUAUAAGGGCUUCAACGCCUCCACAGAUGAUAGAAUCUUCGAUCUUUUCCCACCCAAACACGUUUGCAGUUCAGCUGAUACAUUAGCCAGCUUACAACAGAGACUCAGUAGGUCUUUUCAGGCAUUGAGGCGAAAAGACCGUUCUCUACCAGGCGACAAAGAACUCAAUGUGGGUGAACGCAAACCAGUCGCUGCCGUAACUUCAGCUGAUGCAAAGCAAGCUUCUUCUCUAUCUAAUUCACAAGAAAAUGACUGGAGCUCGUGGAGAGACUAUUUCAGCAAAAAGAAGAAAAUGAAGGCACGAGAUGAAGUUUCAAUGUCUGUCCCAUCGAGUCACGCAAUCUAUUCAGGUUCAACAUCAGCUGCUAUUGGGAACGCCCUUCUCAGCUUAGGUCUCUCGCAACUGCCGACUGAAGAGGAGGAGUUUGAAGAAGUUGACUCUCCUGACAAUCGCAGUGAUGACAGUCACGAAAAUGAUGAGUAUAAUGAGCAUGAAGAGCAUGAAGAGCCUAAACAGCAUGAAGAGCUUAAAGAGCAUGGAGAGCCUAAACAGCAUGGAGAGCCUAAACAGCAUGGAGAGCCUGAAGAGCAUGGAGAGCAUCAAGACCAUCAAGACCAUCAAAACCCUCAAGACCCUCAAGACUAUCAAGAGUAUGGAGAGCAUGGAGAGCAUGGAGAUCAUGGAGGGCAUGGAGAGCAUGGAGAUCAUGGAAAGCAUGGAGAGCACAAGGAUGAUCAAGAGCAUCAAGAGAGUUCAUUGUCCAGUUUAAAAGAAGGCCUCCCACGCUCUAAUUACACGGAGCAACACUUUGGGAAUGACCAAACGAACGUUUGGGCUGAGUAA